AUGUCUCAACACGAUCUUUCCUGUGGCUUGGAAUAUACGUGUACUCCAGAUAUACAAGCAUGUUUAACGGAGGCUUUGCGCAGUAAUUACUCUUUUGUAGUCACACCAGUAGUCCAUCCACGAUUUCGGAGACCUUGCACAGGUCCCGGUAAGGUUGGUGGCUUUACAAGAUCAGAUAUGACCCUGUCCCCUAAUGACUGGACUACAAGGGUAGUAGGAAGGUUGUCCCCUUACCUGAACGUGGAUUCCCAGUCCCCGAUCGUCCGGCAACGUCAUGAAGACAUCAUGAAUGAAGAACUAAAUUACUGUAAAGGUCUUGGUCUGCCAGCUAUUAUGGUGUCUGUUCAUGGUAGAGAAUCUAAUAACUUAACUAGAAUUCUCAAUACAUAUUUUGAUUCGAGUCAUCAUCCUUCUUUAAUAUGGGCCCGAGUACCAAUGUUGUGUAGUAAAACAUUGAAAGAAUGUGGAAAUGAAGGGGAUGAGGCUGCCCCCUUCAAUGAGCCUUGGCUGUGGUGGUCCAAGUUCCAUGAACGCUUGGAGUACGACAAGCGUGUGGCAGUAGCCCUGGAACUUUCAGCUGAUUUGCCACCCGAAGAUGUGAUAAAAAGAUGGUUAGGCGAACCUGUGAAGGUGGUUGUUAUACCUACAUCUCUUUUCUCUACCAACAAGAAAGGAUUUCCAGUGAUAUCACGGGCUCAUCAACAGUUGGUAAUAAGUUUAAUUGAGCAUGAGGCUCAGGUCCUAGUGACAGGGGCUAGAAGGUCCAAUGUAGAGCACUACAUCCAGUUUAUGUACAGGAUCUGGAAGCGAAAACCUUACUUAGGCGAUGAUCCUAUGUUAAGUUAUGCUAGAGGGUGGGAAGAUUACCUACAGACACCACUUCAACCUUUAGCAGAUAAUUUGGACACACAUACUUAUAAUGUUUUUGAAAAGGAUCCAAUCAAAUAUGACCAAUACCAAAAAGCUAUUGCACAAGCUUUGACUGAUUUGCAAAAGGGACCAUAUAAUGUGAUUAAUACUGAUGUUGGUACAGCAAACGCAGAAGAGGUGGGACAAGGUGAUAAUGUGGAUAGCAAAAAGAAAACAUAUACAGUGAUGGUGCUAGGAGCUGGAAGAGGACCAUUAGUGAGAGCUACACUAAAUGCAGCUGAUAUUACAAAUAGUAAAGUUAAGGUCGUAGCUGUGGAAAAGAAUCCUUGUGCUGUGGUAGUGUUAGCAGCUCAAGUACGUGAGGUAUGGCGAGACAGGGAUGUUGUCGUCAUACCUGGUGACAUGAGGCAGAUCAAUCUAUCACCAAAGGCUGACAUCAUUGUUUCAGAAUUGCUAGGAUCAUGGGGUGAUAAUGAAUUAUCUCCGGAAUGUUUGGAUGGGGCUGCAGGCCUCCUGAAGCCAGGAGGUAUAUCAAUACCUUGUCAAUACAGAUCUUAUGUGGCACCCAUUUCAUCACCUCGUUUAUGGGCAGCAGCUAAAGUUGCUUCCUCUGUUGCUCAGUCCAAUCAUAAAGAUAAAAAUCUGGAAACUCUAUGGGUGGUUUAUAUGCAGAAUAAACAUGAUAUUGCUGAGACAAAGCUUGUUUUCACAUUUGAUCAUCCUGCAAAAGGUGUAAGGGACCAUGAAGGACAGGAAUCGGUGGAUUACAGAGGAUUGCCCGAGACAGACAAUAGAAGACAAGAAGUAAUAACUUGGGAAGUCCAACAAGAUAAUGUGAUGCAUGGAUUUGGAGGAUACUUUGAUUGCACCUUGUAUGGAAAAGAAAUGAUUAGCAUAGUACCUUCCACACACAGUCCGGGAAUGAUAUCAUGGUUCCCAGUGUUCAUUCCAAUAAAGACACCCCUUCGUGUACACAAAGGUGAAACAAUAACAGCAAGAUUUUGGCGCUGCACCGAUUCCCGCAAAGUGUGGUACGAAUGGAUAGUGGAAGUGGGCAACCGUUCCACUACCCUGCACAACCCUAAUGGCAGAAGUUCAGAAAUGAAAUUGUGA